AUCCUGGACUGUGAAGCAGAGGCAAAAACUGUGGUUUGUUAUUCACAAACCUCUACAAUACUUUUUUCAUGUAUCUUGUUUCUCGCCCACUAAAAGCGAAGCACGCUGCAAAGAAGCUCAGUCGGAAAAAAAGAACGGCAAUGAAGAACACCAGCAACUCCAUCAUUCAGCCUGCAGGAUUUUACAUUGUUGGUUUGAGUUCAAUGUCUUACAGUAAUAUCUAUGUCAUGUUCCUCACGGUGCUUUAUGUGAUCACAGUCAUAUGCAAUAUCUUUCUGAUCACCAUCAUUUUCUAUGACCACCGUCUGCAUGUCCCAAAGUUCAUGGCCGUUGGUAAUCUGGCUUUGGUUGAUAUUGUUCUCAGCACCUCUCUUGUGCCAGGCAUGAUAAAGACUUACAUUGUUCUAGAUAAUUUUGUUCCAUUCAAACUAUGCCUUUUGCAAAUGUACACUUACUAUACUUUUUUAUCCCUCGAACCAUUUUCCUUAUGUAUUCUCUCUUAUGACAGGUUCAUUGCGAUCUGUUUUCCUUUAAGACAGGAGUCCAUAAACACAAACACCAGAAUGGCUUAUAUAAUUGGUGCAGUUUGGUUCUUUGUUUGUACUGUGGUACUCUACAGCACAUCCGUCUCAACCCUGACAUUCUGUGGCUCUCUUGAGGUCAACAGCUAUUUUUGCGAUUAUGCUCCUGUUUUAGUACUUGCUUGUAGCGAUGUGACAUCCCAGUGGAAUUAUGCCACUAUUUUAACUAUACUCUUCACUGCUGGACCUUCGAUUUUUAUUUUCUUGACCUACAUGGGUAUACUGAGCGCUGUAUUCACAAUGAAAAAUAAUCAGAGCCGUUUUAGAGCACUGGCCACGUGCACAGAACACUUCAUAAUAGUGGCUUUAUUCUUCUUUCCUAUUGUAACCAUCUUUUGUUUAACAUUUUUUGGAAUUAUUUGGGACCCAAAUGUAGGUCUGGUGUGCUUGUCUUUGACAUCCCUCCUCACACCCUGUGUGAAUCCCAUCCUCUACUCACUGAAAACUAAAGAGGUUCGAAGCAGGAUUUAUUCUUUGUUAACCCAAAGAUGGUUUGUUCAUCCUCUAAAAUGUUCACAUUAA